AUGAGAACUCACACAGGCGAGAAGCCGUAUUCAUGUGAAAUAUGUGGAAAAGGUGUCAGUCAACAAAGUAAUUUGUUGGUACACAUGAGAACUCACACAGGCGAGAAGCCUUAUUCUUGUGGAACGUGUGGGAAAAGUUUUGGGCACCACAUUAAUUUGUUGGUCCACAUGAGAACUCACACAGGCGAGAAGCCUUAUUCUUGUGAAACUUGUGGGAGACAUUUCAGUAGACAGGGUCAUUUAAGGACUCACAUGAGAACUCACACAGGCGAGAAGCCGUAUUCAUGUGAAAUAUGUGGAAAAGGUGUCAGUCAACAAAGUAAUUUGUUGGUACACAUGAGAACUCACACAGGUGAGAAGCCGUAUUCUUGCGGAACAUGUAGGAAAAGUUUCCGUGAACAGGGCCAUUUAAGGACUCACAUGAGAACUCACACAGGCGAGAAGCCGUAUUCUUGUGGAACAUGUGGGAAAAGCUUCAGCCAAAACAAUAGUAUGUUGCGACACAUGAGAACUCACACAGGAUAGAAGCCGUACUCUUG